CAGAGUCUUCAAUUCGCUGGCGUCGUGAUCGGUUGUGCGUGUGUGGAACAACAGUAACUCUGUGCUGUGCCUCGUUUUUGUGUCUUCUUUCGUUGCGUUUCUCGAUAUUAACGCUUUUGCAUUCGCGCAUGCUUAAAGCUCUCUCUCUCUCUCUGGCUGCGCCACUGUCUGCCGUCUUGCGACAGUUAAAAUACCAGAAAAAAACCUGUGCCCAGAGUGUUGAACAAAGUUUGUAGAUAAAAAGUGCUUCUCAACUGUAACCCACUCGUGUGAUCAAUGCCUAUGAAACGUCGACAAGUCACUCCUUGAUUAAGUUAAUUUUUUGGCCACGAAAUGUUUCCCAACCAGAACAAUGUUGCCGCUGCCGGCCCUGGUGGUCCGGCGGUUGAUGCGCAACAAAAUCUCAACUACAAUGGGCUGCCGCAGCAGCAGCAACAGCAACAGCAGCAACAACAAUUGUCACAAUCCACGAAGAAUGUGCGGAAGAAACCGUACGUGAAAAUAACGGAACAGCCCGCGGGCAAGGCGCUGAGAUUUCGAUACGAAUGCGAGGGUCGCUCCGCGGGCUCCAUACCCGGCGUCAACUCCACGCCGGAGAACAAAACGUAUCCAACCAUCGAGAUUGUGGGCUACAAGGGACGUGCCGUCGUAGUCGUCUCCUGUGUGACCAAGGACACACCCUAUCGUCCACAUCCACACAAUCUGGUGGGCAAGGAGGGCUGCAAGAAGGGCGUCUGCACGCUGGAGAUCAACAGUGAAACGAUGAGGGCUGUGUUCAGCAAUUUGGGCAUUCAGUGCGUCAAGAAGAAGGACAUUGAGGCGGCCCUGAAGGCACGCGAGGAGAUACGCGUCGAUCCUUUUAAGACGGGUUUCUCGCAUCGUUUCCAGCCCUCGAGCAUCGAUUUGAACUCGGUUCGUUUGUGCUUUCAAGUAUUUAUGGAGAGUGAACAAAAGGGACGCUUCACCUCGCCCCUGCCACCGGUCGUCUCGGAGCCAAUCUUCGACAAGAAAGCCAUGUCCGAUUUGGUCAUUUGCCGGCUGUGCAGCUGCUCGGCCACGGUGCUGGGCAACACGCAGAUCAUCCUGCUGUGCGAGAAGGUGGCCAAGGAGGACAUCUCCGUGCGCUUCUUUGAGGAGAAGAACGGACAGAGUGUGUGGGAGGCGUUUGGUGACUUUCAGCACACGGAUGUGCAUAAGCAGACUGCCAUUACCUUUAAGACGCCCAGAUAUCACACGCUGGACAUCACAGAACCAGCCAAGGUCUUCAUACAGCUGCGCCGCCCAUCGGAUGGUGUCACCAGCGAGUCGUUGCCCUUCGAGUACGUGCCAUUGGAUUCAGGUAAACACACGUUCUGGAAUCUUCACCGGCACCUCAAGCGAAAGCCGGACGAAGAUCUCUUUCAGCAGAUACUCACGUUGGAUGCCAAGCGGGAGGCGCCCACGAUUGAGGUCAUCGAUUUGGAUACACCCAAGUUGGAGGUGGUGCAGUCGCCACUGGAGGUAGUGUCACCUGUGGCUGCUACAGAGGAGAAUAUGGUAGAAGAGGAGUCCUCGCCUGUGGCUGAAACUGUGGCAGAUCAGAGUGGAGAACAAGUUCCUCAGGACAUGGAGGCAGCAGAUGCCGAGGCAGAAGCCGAGGCUGAACGUCUGCGCUCGGAGCAGGAGAAAGAAAUCGACACAAUCAUUGAUGAAAAGGUGCGCGAGUUGGAGCAGCUGGAACUGGGACAGCGCUUGGAGCCGCGGCCACUGACAGCCAACGACAAGAUCACCGAAUGGAUGAGGUCCAGCGAGAUUGAGCAGCAGCCGCACGAGCCGAGUCCCACACAGGUGGAGAGCGACGUCCCAGACUCGUCGCAGCUGCUGGACUCUGCCAUCGAGCCACACCUGCAGCCCACGGACGAGGACAAGACACUCAAUGAGCUGCUCGAGCAGGUGGCCGAACUGGAUGAGAUUUACACGGACUACAAGGUGCAGCGGGACACGUACAACAAUACGCUGCAGAAUGAGCUGGCUGGCAGUGGGCUGGAGCAGGAGUUGGACCGUCAUCCGGCCAUGCAGGUGGAGGACAGCUUCGAUGAUGCUGCCACCUACACGAGCCUACAGAUUGCCUUCAAGAAUCCCGUGCUCAUACCCAUGGAUGACAUAAUGCCACCCACACCGCCCAUGUCGCAGUGUGCGCCGGAGGAUGCCCAUCAGCAUUACGAUGCGGUGGAGGUUAAUUCGCAGUCGCUUACGUCGACCCACAGGCCAGUGCCUCCAAUUCCAAGUGCCAGCAUCAGCACACCGCUGCCCGUGCAUGUGACUGCGCCGGAGGAGGAGAAGCUGCCGCCGCUGCCACCCAAGAGGAUACGCAAACAGGACAGCAAUGCGGAGAAUCGUUCCAUCGAGGCCAACACGGUCCAGGGGGAUAACCUGCCGCCAACGAAGCGCCUGCCGCCGGCGCCAACGCCCAAGAAUCCCAACUUUAAUACCCUGCCACGCCAGAAGAAGCCAGGAUUCUUCUCGAAGCUCUUCUCGCGGCGCAAGAGCAAGCCAGAUCUGGCCCAGACCCCAGCCGACAGCUGCUCCCAUUUGGAAUCGAAGACCAACAGUCGGGAGCCCAGCAUUGGGCACUUUAACAUGCAGGAUCCGAUGCGCGCCUCGCUGCGGUCCGCCAAGAGUGCGGCACCCGCGCAGACAGCCAGCAAGUCGAGUCCCAUAAAGUCGGGUGGCGCCAAGAAGCCGCUGAAGCUGGGCAAGCCCGUGGGCCGGAGUGUGAGCAGUGUGUCGGGCAAGCGGCCGGCGUAUCUCAAUGCCGAUGUGGUGCACAUACCGCUGAAGGGUGACAGCGCCAACAGUCUGCCCCACCACUCACCCCUGGAGGCGUACUCGCAGUCCAGCACCAUAACGGUGGGUGGGGCACUGGAUAGACGCACUGCCUCUGCCUUACAGCUGGCCGAGAUCCCCAUACUCGAGGGCGGCAUGGAGCUGGUGGCCAUUGCCGAUCGUCAGAGUCUGCACAAUCUCGUGAGCUCCAUCGAGGGGCACUUCAAUGUGCAGCUGGAUCCCAAUCUUGACCUGACAGAGGCGGAACACUUUGCGCUGUACACGAGUGUGCCACCGCUGGCGGCGGCCAGUGAGUUCGAUGAGACCUCCGCCUACUAUACACCCGUCGAUGCUGGGGAGAUACUCACCCCCGAGCAGGUGGCCAAGCGGCUGGCGGCAGCAAAUGGCCUGAACUAGGAGGAGCCCAGGGAGAUUUUGUUAUAUUUUUUUUAAGGAAUACGAAGGAAAGGAAAUCCAACGAAUAAUUCAACGAAGGGGCAAAGGAAAGCCCCCAAGGGGUUGCAUAUUUUUCCAGGAAAUAAAACCCAAGGCAAAGAGGUCACCUCUUCAUGGGAAUCUUUUGCGGAAAAUGUCGCCCCGUCUAGAACCAUAAAUUGUCCAUUUGUCGGAGAGCCGGCGACUGAAAGUAUCUUUCGGCGCGAGGGCUCUCCAUUUUGUAUUUGUUUUAGAUUUGAUAAUUGUGCUAAAAGUUUAUCCAACUGCGGAUAAUACUCGUAUUUUGUAAGACCCAAAGAGCAAAACAUUUCUGAUGUGCUGUGCUGGGAGCGAAACGAAUUGUUGUUGUCCAGGUCCCCCCGAGGAGACCUCAACUGAAUUUUGUAUUUAAGCGAAAUCUCUCUAAGGAUUUCCCAGGAAUAUCUCCAAUCGAUUAACGAAGAAUAUGACCUGUAGCC